UUUUACCGUGUAAUAUACGUUUUCAAAAGGCAUAUGGCGGACGUUUUAUAUAUUUUUGCAUCGAAAACUGAUAAAUUCUUUUAGUUAUGAGUAUCUUGUGACCGCUAGAGCGUAUUUGUUAAAAUUAGCUGAUUAACAUUAGUUUUUAAAUGUGUAAAUAAGUUUAUUAUACCUAGAGUCUUGUAAAUAUUGAUAGUAUUUUCGUGCGUGGACGUUUUUAUCCGUAUUGAAAAACGAAAAGUCUGUGAUAUAAACAAUACAUUUAGGUGAUAGAUUAAUUUCCUGAAAUUUGUAAAUAUUGUAAAGUUAUUUUAGAAUUUAACAAAGUUAAUAUAUUGAGCGAAGACUGAAAAAUUGUGUGUUUGAUCUGUUAUAUUUUUACUAUGUCAGCUGUGAGCUUAUUGACUUCUUUGAAAGAGAAAUCGAACGACAGCCCAAAGGAUGGCUCCAACAACGAAGGUGACGAGGAGUACACGCCGUCGCGCGGCGGCGACCCGGCGGUGCUGGCCGUGGGACCGGCGCGUCGCCCGCUCACGUACACGCGCGACGAGCUGCUGCGUCUACGCAACUCGCCGCUAGUCAAGCGCAACUUGGAGAACGCGUUCGCUGGCUGCGAGGCUUUAGCGCUCGUUUUGAAGAGAAGAUCCGAUUCACCUAAUGAAGAUGAAAAGGGAGGCAGAGGUGAUGCCCCGAACGAAAACCAUAAGGGCGUAUACGGGCGCGAUCGCGAGCGUCGUUCUGCGGACCCUCGUGAACGAGUGCGCAAGGAAAGCUCCCCAACUGGCGGCAUCGUGCUGUCCCCGCAGCGGCGCUCCUUCACUUCAGGCUGCGGAGCGCCCGCGCCCGCGCCCAGUGCGCCGGCCGCUGCCCCGGCCGCUGGCACCGUCGGCGCCGGCCCGGCCUCCAACCGCCCCCGGCCGGACUCGCCGCUGCAGACCGCCCCACAGAAACCGGACCAGGGUCGUCGAAUCGGCUCCGGUCGCAUCAUGGUGCGGGACAUGCCGGCCGCGGGCUGGGAGGAUAGCGAAUAUCGCCCCGAGCCCUAUAGGCCGCCUCGGGACCGAGACCAACGCACUAACGGCGACAGGUACGACCGUCGGUCUUACAACCGGGACUCCUACACCUCUGACAUGAAGAGGGAACGGGAUGACCGAUUCAACAACGAAAAAACCCGCGACAGAGACGAGAAUCGAAGAUCUGGUGGUGGUCGUUAUAGACGUUACGAUAAGGACGAGGAGCCAGAGUGGUUCAGUGGAGGCCCAACAUCCCAGUUAGAGACCAUAGAGUUGCGAGGUUUCGACGAUCCGCCCACCCAUAAGAAGAAUACCACCGCCAAUAAUAAAGAUGAGAAGUGGAACAGCAGCGGUGGGUCUCGGUCGCCAGCCGCUGACAGAUUCCGUGAGCCUUCGCCCGCCAACACCGACGCCAAUAACACCACCAACACUACCAACGACAAGGACUCCGGCGUGGAGUCGUCGAAGCAGGAGGAGUGUAAUCCGUCGGCUGAGCAGUCUGAAUUCAACCUCGACGAGUUCCUCAAGUUUGAUUCUAUACCAGAAGUGCUUACGAAUGGCGGCGGUGAGUCUGAAGGCGGCAGUAGAUUCAGCAGAUGGUUCCGACGGGAAUCUCCGACUGCUGACGCCAGGCACUACGACAACUUGUUGCACAACAUGCUAGACGACCUGGACAGCAGUAGUCGCGUGGAGCCUCCUCCUGAGCCGGCGCAUGUAUUCGCGCCUAUAUCUCCGGCCGCGCCGCCAUCUUUGUUAGAUCUGCUGAGGCAAGCCAACGCUGCUGCACCGCCGCAACCAGGAAUGGGAGCCGGAGUAGGCGGUGGUGGAGGCAAGAUGCAGAGCUUGGAAGAACUGGAGGCCAGACUGAGGCCGCAUGCGACCCCACAACCAAUGCAGCAGCCCGACCAUGAACUGGCAGCUUUCAAGCGCCUGCUGGCUCAAGCGUCUGGAGGUCACGCAGUCCCAGCGGCGGAACAACCCCGCCCCCCUCCACAACCACAACCCAUGAGUCUGCUGCAGAUGUUGAACAAAAGCAUGGAACAACAACAACAACAGCAACAGCACCAACAACAACAACAGCAGCAGCAGCAACAGAAGCAGCAGUCGCAGCCGCCUCAUAUUCCGCAGGAGCUCCUUUACAAGCUCUUGCAGGUGCAGCGUCAACAACAACAGCAGCAAGGCGAGAUGGGUGUGCACGCUUCAGAUAGGGAACUGCUGCAACGGCCCGAGGCUCAGGCGCUGGUGCACGGUCUGAAAGCUGGCGAGAUCACAGUCCAACACUUGAUGCAGCAGCUCAGCAACCCCGGCCUGCAGUCCCGACACCGGGAGGUGCUUCUCACCAUACUGCGGCUGCAUCACCACCAGAGACAGAUGGGAGGUUCUCCUCUUCCGAGUGGAGUGGGAGGAGUGGGUGGAGUGGGGGCGCCCCACCUGGUGGUCCCCCAUCAUCAGCCCUUACGCUUAUCUCCGUUGCCACAUCCUGCGUUCUGCGUGUCACCGAUAAUGGCCACCAGUCCUAACACACUCACGGUGCAUCAUCCAGGGGUUCCCGCCCGCAUUCCUUCACCGCGUGAGUUAGCAGCCCACACUCAGUCGAUAAUGCAAGGCGCGCUCAUCAAGAAGAAGCUGGAGGAACAGAGGGAGAACUACCGCCGUCGCCACGAAAUGCAUCAACCCAAACAACCCACGCCGAUCUCAUUUACACCCACCUCCGUUCUCCGCAAGAUGACAGCAGAGAAGGAAGCAGAAGCGCCCAGCCCGAAGCAGCAGCAGUGGGCGCAACCCCCCAAGAUGCCGCAAGGAAGGCCCAUUGUCAAGGGUAACCAGAGCGGCGCGCCUCCACCCAUGAACUACGUCCAGUCACCAGCGGAUUAUCAGCAGCACUAUCUCAAUCAACAGCAGCAAAUGGUCGGUGGUGUUCGUUCGUACACACAUCCUCAGCAGAGGCAGCAGCAAAUACCUAAUUCGUACAACAACAUGAGCAACAUGUCCCGCGGCGUCGGCGGCGCCACUCUGCAGCAGCUGCUUGUCCACUCGCACCAGAACCGGCUCAACGAAUUGGGCGGUACCGUGGGUGCGGGCGGUGGCGACAACCAGUUGGCCAGGUGGUUCUCGCCGGAGCUGCUGGCGCGCGCGUCGGCCGGCAAGCUGCCCUCCGUGCAGCACGUGCCCAACGCCCUUUCGCUGGAGGAGCUCGAGCGGCACCACCACUCGCCCGCGCCGCCCGUGCGCAACUGAGCGCGCGCGCGGCCCCGACACACUUAUAUACCACCCGCACGCACCGCCCUGAUUGGACAAUCUCCUCGCGCGUCACUCGACUAAACAUACAACUAUUAUGACGUGACUCGUGAAACACCUGUACUUUUACUUUAAAUUAUGAUUGAGGAGGAUUUCCCCAGUGGAUUACUACCCGCAUAUAUUGUUUUAAACUUUCAUGUUCACUAACAUUAUAGCUGUUAACGGGAUUGUUACCAUGUACCUUGUUUUUUAUGAGUCUCCGAUAUUUCGGCACUGUUGCAAGCGCCAUGAUCGCGGAGUAACUGAAGUAAUUGCGGGUAGAUGUUAUUGGCAGACAUAUCGGUCUACCCACUUACGUCGUCUUUUAUUAUCGAAGUAGGGGUAUCGAACGCAAUAAAAGACGACGAAAGAGGAUAGACCGAUAUGUCUGUCUCCGUGAUCAUGGCGCUUGCAACAGUGCCGAAAUAUCGGAGACUCAUAAAAAACAAGGUACAUGGUAACAAUGUCGUUAAUAGCUAUAAUACUACCCGCAUUCUAUAUAUUCCAGAGAGUACAACUGAGAAUACUAGAAACCAGUAUAAAAUUAUCAGCGCUGACUGAAUAAUCUCAUCGAGCGACAAUCAUAAUCACGUGACUUAUAUAACUCACCAGUGACUGUACUUUAAAUUUUAAUUGAGGUAAAUUGCGCAAGUGAAUUACUAUCUACAUUACGCAUUGCGCGACUUACCUUUAAAAGACACACGAGUAACUUAUAAAGGACAUAGAAAGUGGACUGUGUUGUCCAACUGUAAAGUUGAAUUGGAUUAAUAACGGAUAUCUCCGCACGCACCUAGUCUAAAAUAACAUAGUAAACAUAACAAUCAAAACUUCUAUACCAGAGAGAGAAUUGAUAGAGGUUCCCACGCCAAUCUGUGAAAUAAAACUGGCCUGAUAAGUGUUAGAGCUGAAGGGUGUAUUCCGAAUCAAACAAAAGUACGCCGGCCAGUGGUAAUGACGUCAUGAUUUCGACGCCAUAUUGACAACACUAUUACUACACCAGUGCAAUAUGGCGUCGAAAUCAUGACGUCAUUACCGCUGGCCAGCGUACUGGUUUAUAUUUCGGAAUACACCCGAAAUUACCUUACGGCCAAUUUCAUUCUCUAAUGUCUACAAUAUAGGACUAGUAGUGCCGAUUGAAAAGACACUCUUGUCGUUCCUAAUAUUGUAUAUAUUGUUUAUUUAAAUAUAUACAGUAUUAGGAAAUUGUAGAUUGUUAGAGCUUUGGCAACUGACUAAAAAAGCGCGCGUGGGACAUAAGAACAUUAUGCGACAUUGUGAUUGGUGAAUAUAUAAUACGAUUGUGAAGACAUUUCAAAUAUAUCACAUCACACAAUCGUCAGUUAUAAAUAUUUGAGUAUAAAUAAAGUCUGUAUGUCUGAUUUUCUGAAAGUCAAACUGUCCUAAAUCCUAUCUUAUUUAAUCUUGCGUUAAGUGUUAUUUUUCGUGCAUUAUAAUAGCUGUACCAAAUUACCAGUGAAAAAACCAAUGAAAAAAAAUAUUUUGUGACGUCACCUGCAUUUCAAAAGUCAGUGUGACAUUAAAUAAAGCGCUGAACGCAUUUAUACGGCCCAAUUGGCACUAACAAAUCUUUAGUAAGAUAAAAUAACGUAUUUACUCUUUGCGUAACAAAUAACACUGACGGAAAGUGUCAACAGAUGGCGCUGUUCACAAAGUCUCUCAUGUAAAACAUAGAAAUAUGAUCUUUUGUUUAUGGACUAUGUAAACAUUGCGAUUCUGGUGUACAACACCCAGUUCCUUUGCUCAUAUUGAGAAAUUGACAGUGAUAACCUGAAAUGUUUACACCAGAACGCAAUGGUGUAUAUUGAACAAACUCGAAAAUUUUGUAGGUCUCAAAAAUGUUUUGCCCUAAAAAUGUUUAAGUAUGGUAAAAAAUUAUACAGUUUUCGUUUAUAACUAAAUAGUUUUGUAUUCCAUACCCAUCCCAGAUUAUCAUUAAUAUUAAAAUUUAUUUAGGACUGGUUUCUAACUAGUUCACUCUUUCAUUUGUACAUAAGCACGAUUUUUCAAUAAUGAAGUCUUGUUUUAACACUUUUUGGUGCAAUUUGUAAAUUAAAAGCGGUGGUCAUGUGUUUAUGAAACCCGUUUUACUGAUAUAACAAUAAUGGCAUUAGAUAUUUUAUUGUUUAUCAAUAAUGAUGAAUGGCAAUGUUUUGCAAUAAAAGUUCACUUAAUGCUGACGUUUAUAAUCGUAAAAUAUGUAACUGUACCAGUUGACGACGGUUGAAAGCCUUCCUUGUAAAAAAAAGUGCAUGGUUUAAAUUAAUAUCUACUGAUUCUUUGUGACUCACACCAACGAAAUGUUUAAGAUCGAAAAGAGAUGUCAUACAUAAAUCCAUUCAUUGUACAGAUGGUGCGUUUAAAUACUCGCACCGCGGCUAGAAUACGGUUUUUAAUUAGUAAUGACUAUUUAAUUUAUUACUUAUAAACUCUAAACAACUUGGCAAGACGAAAUUAAAUAAAAAAAGAUAUUUAUUUAUUUCAAAUCUGAAUUUUAGUUUUGCUUAUCUGGUCAAAGUAUAUACUGUAAACUUUUAUUCAUCAAAUUGUUUUUGGUGUAUAAUAAAAGGUAUAUAGGUGUAUAUUUUGGAAUGUGAAAAGGUCGUUUAGCUUUUAUUAAAUUAGAUGGUCAUUACUUAAUAUUUGAAACAAAUAUUUCUCAUUCGAACAUUGCUAUUGAGAAUAUUUAUAUGCGUGAAAUGGAAUUGAUCAAAUAUUUUACUCAUUAAUGAAAUUGGAAUAUGUUUGGCGUUUUUAACAUCCAGCCAAUCAUGCUAUGUAACGGACGGACGUAUUUUUGAUGUAUUUAUUUGUAGUUACAAAUUAGUGUCUAGAUUUUUUCUUUGUGUACGUUCUAGCCACUCAUAUGAAUGUGUAUUGUUUUGUCGCAACUGUCGGCUCCCUCUAACGGUUGUUUCGCUGAACUAUUUCAUGGGUUUUGUGAAAAGUUUAGUACCUAUGAGAAUGUUAAUAUAUUUCUCACGUAUAAUGUGUCGAGUAUGUGCAGUUGUAUGUUUGUGAUGAUCGAGGAACGAGUGGCGGUUUAUGUCGCGUGUGCUGUGGUUGUGUAUUCUGAGCAUUUUUGUUAUGACGUCAUUGGACCCCAGAGAAAUUCGCGUUUCAAAGAAGGCGCAUAGUGUAUUGUGACGACACGUUUGUUUUAUCAUUAGCGUGUAGAUUCUAGAGUGACCGUUACGUUUUCAUGUCAUUCUGCGCAGUCCUACAACGACAUUUUCUAGAAUCGUACCCGGCACGAACACGUUGUCACCUCUUAAACUGUUUUGUUGUGAAAUUUGUAGAUGUAUAUGUACCUAUUAUUAUUUUUUUUCUAUUUAUCUUAACGGUUUUCUUUUUUUACUCGAUCACGUUUAACUUUGCCCAGUCGGCGAAGGAUUCAGUCAAUUAUAAUUUGUGUAGCCGCUGGAACGUGGCGCGUAGGUUCUUUACCGUCCAAAGUACGAGGCUCAUCAGGUCAUCAAGCAAUACUUCUUUACCUCUAGCCUUUUGUAUUUACCACUCCCAAGGGCGGGCUUACGGUGACUCCCACGCAGGAUUUUGAUGUGAUUUUGGAUAUGGACUCUUAAAGAUCGGAUCAUGAAGCUGCGGUUUUGUUUCGAUAUGGACGGACGGCGCAUUAGAUGCGUCCGGAUUCUGUACCUUAUUUAGUUGGUAAUAGUGGCGAAAUUUUAGUUGUCGGUAUUGUGUGCCGCGGCGGAGCCCGCUCCCGCGCUUACGUAAAUACAACACGAGAAAAUGUCUCUGUAAGCUUUAAAUUAUUGAUUAAAGAAAAAUUUGAAAGUUGA